AAUUAAUGGUCAGUGGAAUUGUAAUCUAAUAAUAAUCUUCCGUUCUGACCAGUUUUUUCGUUUUAAAAGCUACAUGUUGAAUGUUUACAUUUUUUCAGACAUGCGCAUUACGAUGUAACCAAAACCCGGAAGUUCACAGCGACCUCACUGCUUGUGUUUCUCGGUUAUUUUACUCCAUUUAAGUUACUAUUUUAGCUAUGUAGUGGGUCGACUGUAAGCAGCACGAUGAUAAAAUACGCUGUAGCGCUUAUUUCAGUGAGUUUGGCGUUAUGGAGCGGGUCUGAUUGGCUAAACCUUUGGCGUUUUGAGUCUCAGGACUCGGACAGACUUCUGAGCCGAGAAGAGCUGUCACUGUAUAACGGGAGGGAGGACAGUAAAGGGCUUUACCUCGCCAUUUUAGGACAGGUGUUUGAUGUUGAAAAGGGAAGGAAGCAUUACGGUCCUGGUGGAGGAUACCGUUUCUUUACAGGCAGAGAUGCAUCCAGGGCUUUUGUGACGGGUGAUUUUACAGAGUCAGGGUUGACCGAUGAGGUCUCAGACCUGUCUCCGUCUCAGAUAGUGGCCCUCUACGACUGGCUGGCUUUCUAUCAGAAGGACUACAAACCUGUAGGUAAGUUAAUUGGUCGGUUCUACAGCGAGAGCGGAAAGCCCACAGCUGUCCUGCAGAAGGUGGAGGCUUCUUUGGCUCAGGGGCUGAAACUGAAAGCCCAGGCUGAGAAGGAGAACAAGCUUUAUCCAGCCUGUAACUCAGAGUGGAACUCCGACAGAGGAGGACGCGUUUGGUGCUCCACUAAAAGCGGCGCAGUGCACAGAGACUGGGUUGGUGUUCCCAGAAUGCUCUUCUCACCUGGUUCUGGUCACACACGCUGCGUGUGUGUACGACCGGACGAUCCCACACAAUCAAACAACCCAAAUCUCCAGGAGUAUAAAGACUGUUCACCUCAAGCAGAGUCAUGUCUACUUUAACGAAGACUGAGCUCGUAAUUAGUUACUUCAUUUUAAGCAAUAUGAUCUGGGUUGUCUGGUCUCAGGAUGGACAACCAGACAGGAUACAUUUAAAGGUGCUAUAUGUGAGAUUGUUCUUGUGUUCAGUUCCUUCUUAAGUCAUUAAAGGACUAUAGAAAAGUGCUAUAUAAUGAAGCGGGAUGUUCUGGGACAGCAAUUAUAAUGAAAUCUUGUCUAUGAAAAGAUUUUAAUGCACAAUAAAAAUGACUUUUUUA